CUUACCCCGGAUUAUGCGCAAGCGAGGACAAAAGCGGUUAGCGCCGGCGAGAAUCUCUGAAAAGACCAAGAUGGUAAAUGUCGGCGAACAUGCUACCUAGUAUCCACUGCAUGGUUGUCUUUUCCUAUGCUGGCUGAUUCAUGCAAAAGCAGCCGACACCGCAUGAGGCUGCACGAGAGGAGAAAAUUCGAUAAGGCUCUGUCUAGAAAUAAGUCCACAAUGCAUCAUUCAUAAGUGGUGGCAUAGCCCGGGAGCAGCGCAACUGGAGGUCUCCGCAACACCAGAAGCCUGGAUAACAAAACGAAAUGGCCUGUACUGAACAUCCUAGCUCAAACUCUGUUGACCCUCACUCCUAUGCGGCGAUAGAGCUGCCACAAGGUUUGGCGCAGAACGGUGGUCGCAUUGACGUUGACAAUCUUGGUUUGCUGCGACCCUCUGCACCUUGGCUUCCAUUGGACGAACUGCGACGUCGAUUCGAAGAGGAUGGAUACCUCUUUGUAAAAGGACUUUUACCCCGUGAGGAUGUUCUAGACGUGUGGUCAAGCUACUUCAAAGCCUACGCCAACACAUCUCUUCUGCAACCGGGGUCAUCCCCGCGGGAUGGUAUCUUCAACAGCUCGUCUCACCCCGAUCUACACAAGGGUAUUGGUGGUCAAGGCUUGCCAGCUGAUAUUGUCGAGGCUAAAAUUCUUAUUGACGCCCACUCCGACUCCAAGUACCGUGCCUUUGUCGAGCAUCCCGCUCUGACGCAAUUCAUCCGGCUAUUGAUGGGCUGGAAACAUCAUGUCCUGUUGGACCGAACAAUGCUGCGUCAUAAUGUUCCUUUUGGGAUGGGUACUGGCAUUCACUAUGAUAAGCUUUUUCUGCGCGGAGGCGAUGGAUACUGCCUCACUGCGUGGGUCCCAAUUGGUGAGUCAAAGAUAUUCUCGAAAUGGAGCGUUAUACUAAAUCAUCCAGGCGAUAUCUCAAUCAAUGGUGGAGGGUUGUGCUAUCUGGAGAAAUCUGUAGCUCUGGGAAAUGAGAUUGAGGAGGAUUUUACCACUCGCGCUGCUGGGUUCACGACCGAGCAGCGCCUUUCCGCCUAUAACGUCAACAUGAUGGCUGGUGGAAUGCUGGCGAAGUCGCCCGACGAGUUCGUGUUAGAUCAUCCGACCUCCAGGUCUCAGAAGUGGCUGGCCACUAAUUAUGAGGCGGGCGACGUGGUGUUCCACCAUCCGUAUACCAUCCAUGCGAGUGGGCGAAACGAGGAUGCGCAGGGGCGCAUUCGGUUGAGUACGGACUUGCGUUUCUAUGAGGAAGGAGAUGCGGAAAUGGAUAAGCGGUGGUUCAAGAUCUGGGAUCCCAAUGAUGGGCUGUAAACUUUGAGGUAGAUUCGGUUGAAUCGUUGGAAGUACCGUACGUUAAUUGA